CAGCGACCUUAACUGUCCAUCCAAAUAGGUUUUACAUAAUUAAAUUAAGUUGUUAAGGAGCACGCAGGGAAUAAUAGAUAAAAAGAGAAAUGGAAACCUUGCAUCAUUUUGUAUCUUAACAUCAUGCUGCUCAGGAAAUCUCUUCAGGCAAAAUGUCCAACAACUAAUCCUCAUCCUCACUGUGACCCUAAAAUAGGUCCCAGCUGUAAUUAUGACUUUGCCUCCAUCCCAGAGACUCUGGGUGGGGAUGCUGGUGGUGCUUGCGGUGGUGGUGGUGGUUGAGCUCCCUGGAGCCCUGCAGAAGUGCAUCUUUGAUGAGGUUCAGGCUCAGGUCAGAGUGGUCGGAGCUGCACCCAUCGACCCAGACAGCCCACCCAACGAGACCAGACUCAGAGCCCUGACCGGGCAAGAGCACCCAUCUGAGCAACAAACUGCUCAUCCAGGACUGAAGGCAUCAGCUCUGCAAGCAGUGAAUCAGAGGAACACCCUGGAAGAGUUAGCCCCGCCCACUGCUGCCUCCCCACAGCCAAUCAGAAUCCGGACCUGGAUUCCAAAAGAGAGUGCCAGCCUAUCAGAGGCUGAGAAAGACAGGCUGGAUGCAGCUGUGAAAGAGGCUGUGAGGAUGGUGUCUUCUUUACUCUCAGUUGACAGAGUACCGGGCCCUUUGCUGCUCAGCAGAGACAUCGACAAGUACUGCAAGUUUCUAUGGAGGAACUCAAGCACUAUUAACUACAACAGGUGUGGUAGAGCCAACAACAACUACAGAUCUGAGACCUGUCUGGAUGUGACAAUCCCAGAUGAUCAUCUUGCUGGAUGUGAUGUAUAUCCAGAGGCAGAUUCACCUCGCAAGACUGUUCUCAAACCUGAAGGUGCCGGACUCCCUGACACCGACUUCCUGCUUUACCUCCACGUACAGGCCACCGACAAGUGUAGAGCAGAGACUAACGUGUUGGCUUAUGCUGUCCACUGCCGGAUGGACACCCAUGGUCGACCUGUGGCUGGGGUAGUGGUCAUCUGCAGGGAGAGACUAACAGGAGCCACAUACAGUCACCAGACUACUGUACAGACUGUGAUCCACGAGCUGUUUCAUACACUUGGUUUCUCUAAAGAUCUUUUCCACACCUGGAGAGACUGUUCCUCCUCUUCUCAAGGUGUUGGCUGUUCUCCUCGGGGGAAAGUGACUCACAUUGAUGGAUCAGGCCAGAUGAGGAUCUACACCCCGUCUGUUAUCUCAGCCCUGCAGAAGCACCUGGCAUCCACAGACCCCGAACUUGGAGGGCCACUGGAAAACCUGGAUGUACUUCCAGGCGGUGUGUCCUCUCACUGGGAGUCCCGGCUCCUGCAGGGGUCCAUCAUGGCUGCGGUGCUGGGGGACUCGACCACAGUCCGGAUAGACCCGGUCACCUUGGCUGCGUUACAGGACACAGGCUGGUACACUGUCAACCUGAGCCGGGCACAGAGUCUGGUCUGGGGAGACGGUGAAGGAGCUAUGUUUGGCUCUGUGUCAACCUGUCAGAACAACUCCUCAACCUUUUUCUGCACUGGCAGUGGACUUGGGUGUCAUUAUCUUCACCUUCACAAGGGAGAGUGCCAGACUGAUCAAUACCUGGAGAAGUGUCGCGUGUACAAACCCCUCAAGAAUGGAAGUGAGUGUUGGAAAAAGGAAAAUGACAGACAGUCAGCUGAAGAGGACUGGAGCGGGGAGAUCUUUGGCUUUGAUAGUCGCUGUUUCUUCUCCAGCCUGAACAGAGAGAGUCACUUUCUCUUGUCCAGCAGCUCUGCAGAGGGCCGCUGUUACAGACACAGGUGUAUUGGACCUAACAGGUACCAGAUCCAGGUGUCUGGCUCUGAAUGGGUGGACUGUACAGCAGGAGGCUCCAUUCAGAUAAAAGGAUACCAGGGUUUAGUUUUCUGCCCUGACAGGAAGUUAUGUCUGUAUGCUGACAUUACUCCUCCCUCAGAUGAUGUCAACGCAUCUCCUGCUUCUAACACAAGUGAUCCCUUUGAGACUUUACCUUCAGACCAGGACGGGACCUGGUCUUCCCUCAGACCUCCUACAGAGUUCACUGUAGCCACAGCGCUCUGCUUCACCGCUGCUGUGUGUCUCCUGGCUGCAGUCAUGGUGUCUUACAGGAAAUGUUGCUCCUACAGGGUCAGGAUCCACACUGUCCCAGAGGAUCAUAGUGACCUGUAGCAAACCUGCCUUUAAAAACUUUGAAUAGAAACUUUCACUGUUAAAAGCCUUUUGAUGGCUUGUUUUUUUCUCAGUCACAUGUUUUAAAGGA